AUGCGAGUUCAGGUUCUAUUUUUCGAGGUAUCGCUACUCCUGUCAGCCAUCUAUACCACUGGAGUUGACGCGGAUAGGUCUCCAGAUUUGGGCUUGAAUUCGUCUAACCUGCAGUUAAAUGGAAUUGCCUUUGGCGCUAUACCCGCUUUCAAGGAACGGAGUUAUGCUAACACGCCGGAUGAGAUUAAUGCUAAGCUACCGCGCCCUAUUUCAAUUAUGGGCGACUAUGUUGAGCUUGACAGAAACGCAGAAGGACUCAGAAAAAUCGAUUGGCACAUGGACACACUUCUGAAGUUACCUGGAAAGCCCGUCUACCAAAUCGCUCUGAUGCCGAACCAUGGUCUCUUGAGUGUUUCGCCUUUCGUAAUCAACCGGAUAGCGGCUAAAAUGGCCGAGAUAAAUCGAAAUAAUGUUACCGUAUGGCUCCGCUUUGGACAUGAAAUGAAUGGUCAAUGGUACAACUGGGGUCUAAAUCCUUGGCUUUUCAAGGACAAAUGGAGAGCUUUAGCGGUUGCUGUAAGGAGGGCAGCCCCGGACACAUAUAUGAUGUGGUCUCCUAAUGCUAGGUUUGGGGAUUACGUUAAUUCCACAAAGGGUGGCUACACACAAUACUGGCCUGGAGCGGAGUACGUGGAUAUAGCAGCACUUUCUUACUAUCAUUUUGGAGGCACCAGACGACGGAACCUGGUUCCAAAAGAGCAUCAAGCCCUGGAAAAAGUUCAAGAAUUCGCCAAGCUCUACGGCUCAGAAGGGGAAGGGAAACCGAUAGUUUUGGCCGAGACAUCAGCUCCUUAUACUCGAUUGAUUUCCACCAAGCAACCUGAGCGUGGAGGGGCAUCGGAAAGAGAAAUCAAGAUCACAUGGCUAAAACAGUUAUUCUCGCGAGAUAUGAAACAAGCGGUACCUGAUUUGAAGGCAAUCUCUUGGUUCGAGAUAAUAAAAUCAGAAACAGCACCUGGCCGAAGUGAUGCGAAAUCGGAGGACUUCAGAUUGCUUGUGGGCAACAGAAGAGUAUCAGACGAAGCACGUGAAUAUAUGGCACAGACGAUGUCUUAA